AAUAAAAGGAGGGAAAAAGUAAAUAAAUAAAAGAACAGAGUUGUAAUAUGGAGGGAAAUAUAAUUAGUGUGAUCAAAUAUUGGAUUGAAGGAGAAAUUGAAAUUUUUAUUAAGGUAUGGUUAUUAAUUUAUGCAUCACUAUGUUACUGUUAUUUAGUUAUUAAAAUUAUUCCAAAAGGUUUAUUUAGGCUCUUAUCUUUUCUCCCUAUGAUUUGUUUUUUCCUUUAUCUCCCUCUGAAAAUUAACUCUGUUCAUCUUUGUGGUAAUACUGCUUUUUUCAUUUCUUGGCUUUGCAAUUUUAAGCUUCUUCUCCUUGCUUUUGACCAAGGUUCACUUUCUGAUUCUUCACUUUCUAUCACUAAAUUUCUAAUCCUUGCUUGUCUCCCCAUCAAGAUUCAGCAAAAAUCCCAAGAAAAAUCUGAACUUUAUGUGCAAGAUGAGGUUAAUAGAGGUAGACUUCAUCAAAAUGGCCAUUUUCGUAAAACCCCAUUAACAAAGUCAGCUGAAAAAGUUUCUGGUGUGCAAAUAAGAAAGGAUUUUGACAAAAAUGGCCAUUUUCAAGAAACCCCAUCAAUAAAGUCAGCUGGAAAAAUUUCUAGUGUACAAACAAGAAAGGAUUUUGACAAAAAUGGCCAUUUUCAAGAAACCCCAUCAAUAAAGUCAGCUGGAAAAAUUUCUAGUGUACAAACAAGAAAGGAUUUUGACAAAAAUGGCUAUUUUCAAGAAACCCCAUCAACUACAUCAGCUGAAAAAAAAUUUCGUGUACAAACAAGAAAGGAUUUUGACAAAAAUGGCCAUUUUCAAGAAACCCCAUCAAUAAAGUCAGCUGGAAAAAUUUCUAGUUUACAAACAAGAAAGAAUUUUGACAAAAAUGGCUAUUUUCAAGAAACCCCAUCAACAAAAUCAGCUGAAAAAAUUUCUAGUGUACAAAUAAGAAAGGAUUUUGACAAAAAUGGCCAUUUUCAAGAAACCCCAUCAACAAAAUCAGCUGAAAAAAUUUCUAGUGUACAAAUAAGAAAGGAUUUUGACAAAAAUGGCCAUUUUCAAGAAACCCCAUCAACAAAGUCAGCUGAAAAGAUUUCUAUUGUACAAACAAGAAAGGAUUUUGACAAAAAUGGCCAUUUUCAAGAAACACCAGCUCCCCUCUCAGCUGCUAACACUGAAAAUAACCCUUUUCAAGAUGGUCAUUUUCAUGAAACCCCAUCUCAAAAAUCAGCUGAAAAAUCUAGUAGUGUUCAAAAUGGGAAGUAUAGUCAUAAAAAUGGCCAUUUGCAAGAAAAGCCAUUUCCGUCUUCUGGAAAAUGCAAGUCAAUUCUGAAUUAUGGCAUAAAGACUCUUCUUUUUGCCUUAAUUCUUAGAGUUUAUGACUAUAGUGACUAUAUACACCCCCAUAUAAUUAUGGUCAUUUACUGCUUCCACAUAUACUUUAGCUUAGAAAUCAUUCUAGCCAUUGUAUCGGGCUUGGCCCGUGGGCUUCUCGGGCUUGAACUCGAACCGCAGUUCAAUGAACCUUAUCUUUCUACUUCACUACAAGAUUUUUGGGGCCGGCGUUGGAAUCUCAUUGUCACUCGUAUCCUUCGCCCCACGGUAUACAAUCCAACUUUAAGCCUCUCCACAAACAUUUUGGGCCGGAAGUGGGCCCCACUUCCCGCCGUGAUGGCAACAUUCGUUGUAUCGGGCCUAAUGCACGAGCUGAUAUUUUACUAUCUGGGCCGGGUUAAGCCCACUUGGGAAAUCACCUGGUUCUUUUUGCUACAUGGAGUGUGUUUAAACAUUGAGAUUUGUGUUAAGAAGGCGAUUAGUGACAGGUUUAAGCUGCCAACGAUUAUCGGGACGAUCUGGACCGUUGGAUUUGUUAUGAUCACUGGUUUUUGGCUGUUUUUUCCUCAGUUAUUAAGGUGUAAUUCUGAUGUUAGAGCAUUUAAGGAGUACGAAGCUAUUGGUGCAUUCUUUAAGGAUGUUACAAAUGCUGUCAAUUCAGCAUUUUUGAGACAUAAACGGAUCUAAAAUUUUAAUUC